CCGCCUCUGUAUUGCCAUGGGGAUUCAAGGCCUGGCCAAACUAAUUGCUGAUGUGGCCCCCAGUGCCAUCCGGGAGAAUGACAUCAAGAGCUACUUUGGCCGCAAGGUGGCCAUUGAUGCCUCCAUGAGCAUUUAUCAGUUCCUGAUUGCUGUUCGCCAGGGCGGGGAUGUGCUGCAGAACGAGGAGGGUGAGACCACCAGCCACCUGAUGGGCAUGUUCUAUCGCACCAUACGCAUGAUGGAGAACGGCAUCAAGCCCGUGUAUGUCUUCGACGGCAAACCACCACAGCUCAAGUCAGGCGAACUGGCCAAACGCAGUGAGCGGCGGGCUGAGGCAGAGAAACAGCUGCAGCAGGCUCAGGCUGCUGGGGCCGAGGAAGAGGUGGAAAAAUUCACCAAGCGUCUGGUGAAGGUCACUAAGCAGCACAACGAUGAGUGCAAACAUCUGCUGAGCCUCAUGGGCAUCCCGUACCUCGACGCGCCCAGUGAGGCAGAGGCCAGCUGUGCUGCCCUGGUGAAGGCCGGCAAAGUCUACGCUGCGGCCACUGAGGACAUGGACUGCCUCACCUUCGGCAGCCCUGUGCUAAUGCGACACCUGACUGCCAGUGAGGCCAAGAAGCUGCCCAUCCAGGAAUUCCACCUGAGCCGGAUUCUGCAGCAGCUGGGCCUGAACCAGGAGCAGUUUGUGGAUCUGUGCAUCCUGCUGGGUAGUGACUACUGUGAGAGUAUCCGGGGCAUCGGGCCCAAGCGGGCUGUGGACCUCAUCCAGAAGCACAAGAGCAUCGAGGAGAUCGUGAGGCGGCUCGACCCCAAUAAGUACCCUGUGCCAGAAAAUUGGCUCCACAAGGAAGCCCAGCGGCUCUUCCUGGAACCGGAAGUGCUGGACCCAGAGUCUGUGGAGCUGAAGUGGAGCGAGCCCAAUGAAGAAGAGCUGGUCAAGUUCAUGUGUGGUGAAAAGCAGUUCUCUGAGGAGCGAAUCCGCAGUGGGGUCAAGCGGCUGAGCAAGAGCCGCCAAGGCAGCACCCAGGGGCGCCUGGAUGAUUUCUUCAAGGUGACUGGCUCGCUGUCUUCGGCUAAGCGCAAGGAGCCAGAACCCAAGGGAUCUGCUAAGAAGAAGGCAAAGACGGGGACAGCAGGAAAGUUCAAAAGGGGAAAAUAAACAUUUCCCCCCAGCAUACCUCCUUGUUGUACUGCCUUGUACCCUCAAUAGCUAGAGCUAGAGCAGCCUCCAUGGAGCUGGGGAGGAGAAUCUAUUGCUUUUCUAAUGCUGCCCUUCUCAGUAGUGCUUUUCCCUUUUUUACUUGAUCUUAAUGGCAGGAAGGCCAUAGAGGUACUUUGUUUUCUUUUUUAGCUCAGGAAAGUAUGUCAGGCUCAAACUCAAACCACUUCUCCGGCAGUUUAAUGGACACUGAAUCCACUGUUACGUGAAAUUGAUAGCAGUAAGUUUUAGAGAAGGGAGAGGGAGACAAACAGUGGAGACAAAAGACUGUUUGGAAAUGAUUUCCUGGCUGGCCAACUGGUGGCCAGUGGGAAGUGAUUGCGGACCCAGACUCUGCUUCUCUCUCCAGCUCAGCCUUGACCCACCCUGAAAGAGACCCAUCUGGAAGACCCAGUCUGAGCACUGGAAGAGCUGCUGAGAGAUAAGACAGGCAGAGAGCCAGAGCCCCAGCCAGAGCUGGAGGUGGCAGCAAGGGUUUGACUACUGUCUAUGUCUUGAUGUGGGCAGAAACUUGAACUUUCUAUGUAGUUUAAGUCUUUACAGUGAUUAUUUGGAGGAGUAGGAAUAUGUUCUGGCCUUUCUGAGGCAAUCAACUGUGUUGAGACUGGGAUAAUACACUGGUUUUCGUGUGCUGUUUUUACUUUGAAGUUAUGAAGAGAAAAAAGUCAAUAAAAUUAUAAAAGUAACCAAA